AUGAUCUCGGAGUUCCAAGGUAAAAACGACCUUGACCCCCUUGAAGUCUGGAGCGACAACAACAAGUGGGCUAAAACUAGACCCAGGAAAAAAGGUGAAGGUCAGGGUCAGUUUGAGACCCCGAGGGAGGAGUACUCACCUGAAACACCCAACACUAGAAGGUCACAUGAGCCAGGGAAAUUCGAGGACGACUGGGACCCCAACAGAGCCCCAGCACAGAAACAUGACGACUGGGACCCUAACAGAGCCCCACCACAGAAACAUGCCGACUGGGACCCCAACAGAACCCCAGCACAGAAACAUGACGACUGGGACCCUAACAGAGCCCCAGCACAGAAACACAACACACUAGCAGAAAUCAACCAGAACAAAAAGAACAACACACUUGGAGAAACCAACAGCAACGAGAAAAAGAAAAAGUAUGGAGAAAACGCCAGUAAUCAGAAACAGACCAAGUUUGGUGACAGUAAUAACAAUGAGAGGAAGAAUAAAUUUGGUGAGAGUAAUAACAAUGAGAGGAAGAAUAAAUUUGGUGAGAGUAAUAAUACUGAGAGAAAGAACAAGUUUGGAGAGAAUAGAGACAACCCCCAACCCAAGAAGAAGAAAACUCUGGGCGCUAUAGCAGAAGAUCGUCGUUAUUCUGAGCACUUCGACACCUCCCCAACCCGGUAG